UCUGUCUCUCUAUUUAUACGUUUGUGACAGUUUAUGAAAUAUGGCGGACUCAGCAGGAAAUUGGUGUCUCAUUGAAAGUGAUCCUGGCGUUUUUACGGAAUUAAUUAAAGAAUUCGGUGUGAAAGGAGCACAAGUCGAAGAAUUAUGGAGUUUGGAUGAUGAACAAUUCGAUGAUUUGAAGCCGAUACAUGGUUUAAUAUUUUUGUUCAAAUGGGUACAAGAUGAUGAAUUAUCAGGAAAUAUUGUACAAGACAGUAGAUUGGACAAAAUAUUUUUUGCCAAACAGGUAAUAAAUAAUGCCUGUGCGACACAAGCGAUACUGAGUGUUUUGCUAAAUUGCAAGCAUGCAGACAUAUCGUUAGGGCCGAAUUUAGAAGAAUUUAAAAACUUCUGUCAAAGUUUCGAUGCAAAUAUGCGUGGACUAGCCCUUAGUAAUUCUGACAUUAUAAGGGAAGUUCAUAAUUCCUUUUCUAGGCAAACUGUAUUUGAGUAUGAUUCAAGACAGGCAUCUAAAGACGACGAUGUGUUUCAUUUCGUAAGUUAUGUGCCGAUUGAUGGUCGUUUGUAUGAAUUAGAUGGCUUGAAGGAUGGGCCGAUUGAUUUAGGUCCAUGCCCAGUAGGGGAACAAUGGGUUCAAGCUGCAAAGCCGAUAAUUCAAAAGCGAAUAAACAAAUACAACGAAGGCGAAAUUCAUUUCAAUCUCAUGGCUAUAGUAACUGACAGAAAAACUUUGUACGAGAGGCAGAAGGCGAAUGUCUGUGAUCCUGCAGAACUAGAGCGUUUGCAAACGCUAAUCGAAGAGGAAAUAAGAAAAUCGAAGAGAUAUCAAAUAGAGAAUAUUAGAAGAAAGCACAAUUAUCUGCCACUUAUAAUGGAACUCUUGAAAAUUCUCGCUAAGGAAGGGAAGCUGGUUCCGCUGUAUCAGAAGGCAAAGGAAAAGGCACUUGAAAAAGAAUCAAAGAAAAAUAAGGUUUGAACUUAUAAUACGGAAAGAGACGAUGGAGACUAAACCUUGUGUUAUCCAGGAGAAAAUUGAGAGAUUCACUGUAUCGAUCUUUUUUAAAAUAAAUUAUUUACGCAAUAA